AUGAACCAGGUCAUCACUUCUGGUGCGGUGAAUAGAUCACUCACUCGCGCGUAUCCAAAUGAUCCGCCCCCGCCGAAGUCCCAUUCCUCGCUGAGGGUCCUGCUUUCGGAAGAGGCAACUCGAGUCCGGAAUGAUUUGAUGACCACGCUCCAACAGAUCCGGGAGAAAGGAAUGAAGUUUUCCAUGUCCUUCGACGAAGCCACGUUGAUAGGAACCGACCGAUAUCUCACAGUGAACCUCCAUCACUCGGAUAAAAUCUUCGGAUGUUCAAAUAUAACUCCCCUGGGCCUGAUACGAGUAAAGGAGAGGGCUACAGGAGAAUAUCUGAGAGACGUUAUCUGCCACCGGCUAAGCUCAUUCGAAUUGUCAAGGAACGAUAUCGUAGCAGCAGUCACCGAUGGCGCCUCCAACGUGCUCAAGGCAGUAGACCUUAUUGGAGUUCAUCGGCAGAAGUGCUUUGCUCAUGGAUUGGAUCUGGUAAUACGAAAAGCUGUCUACGGAGCUCAAGCUGCAGCAUUCGAUGUGGCGAUCCUCACGGACGGAGAUGACCGAAGUAUUUCUCGAGUCGAUAGCGGCGACGAUUCUCCUGAAGAUAGCGACAGGAGCGAUGCGGAGGACACGGGAAAUUCCGAUGACGACGACGAACGUGUCGAGACGUUGAACUCAGUGACGCUCGGUGAAGCACUCCGCCGUCUUCGCGCUGUCGCGCGCGAUUUCCGGAGGAAAACCGCCAUGAUGGAUGAAGUCCGGAAGAUCACGGAGAGGGAUGAAUACAAUGGCAGGUCGUUGUGUGUCAAGAUAGAUUGUAAAACGAGAUGGUACUCCACACUGGAAAUGAUCGAGCGUGCCAUCGAGAUUCUGCCAGCAAUCAACAACGUCCUAUCCCGCUACGGAACGCCCCUGAGCCCGAGUGAAGCUGUGGCUUUGGAAAGGAUCAGGAACAUCUUGUCACCAUUCAAACGAGCCAUUCUAGCCUUGUGCAAAAACGAAGCCACCUUGUUUCACGCGGACAGAGUCUUCUCGCUAUUGAUGAAGGAUCUCGAUGAGAUGAAUGUUGAGCUAUCUCGAAUCCUCCUUGAGAGUUUGAAAGGGGAGAUCAGAAAAAGACGGACAAUUCACUCUAGCAUUCUGGCUGUAUUGGAGAAUUACGAAUAUGACUUCAGCCUCGAACUCGAAGUUGGACAAGAGCGUCUUUCCGACGAUGAAAUUUUGGACAAUCUGGCGGAUAUUCUCGAUGCGCGGGAAUUUGUCGAGGAUGAGUCAUCCUCCCUCGAGAUGCUCAGCCAAGCUCCGACAGUUAGCUGGGAUUCAAUAUUCAACGAGACAUCAGCUUCCUCUGAUAGCGCCGGGGCGAGCUCAAGCGGUAGAGCUCCAUCUGGUAGAGUUCAGUUGAACCGCGAAUUUAGUUUCUUCAAAUCCGGAGGUGGUCGCGGACCGCUCUUGAACACUUGCUUGGAGAGCUUAAGAGCCAUUCCACCUACAUCGGUGCAAGCAGAGAGGGACUUUAGUACGGUCCGUCAUCUGCUGGGCGAGAAUCGAGCCAGACUUAAAUCAACGACCCUGAACGAUAUUUUCAUAAUCCGGAAGGCGCUUCAAAACCAAGUCUUGUGA